AUCUCCAUAAUAAAUGACAAAGGGCGGCAUUCAUUUUCCAUCUGUUUUGUACACCUUCACCAACACAACAACAACAAAAAAAAAAAAAGAGGAGAGAAAAAGAUGAGCCAGUGUGUUCCCAGUUGGGAUCUCGAAAAUAAUCCGGCCCUGGCCACCACAGCCCGUCACUCCUUCCGUUCCAACUCCAACUCCAACUCCAACUCCAACUCCACCACCCCCGAUGUUCCCAUGCUAGCCUAUGAAGUGGCGGAGCUAACAUGGGAGAAUGGGCAAAUAGCCAUGCACGGAUUGGGUCCGCCGAGAGUGGCGGUGAAACCCAUAAGCUCCGCAUCCACUUCCAAGUACACAUGGGAUAAACAGCCGCGUGGUAGCGGCACCUUGGAAUCUAUAGUCAACCAAGCUACGGGCUUACCGUGCCGCAAAGCCGCUCCUUUUGAUUGUGCUGUAAACAACGACGAACUCGAUCCAUGGUUCGACCACCACCAGACGACUGCUUCCUCCACAUCCUCUGCCACCGUGACCAUGGACGCUUUGGUUCCUGGCUCCAACAGGUCCAAACACCGGACCACACACUUGAUGGAAUCCGUACCCGUGCUCGGCGGCACGUGUGCAGUGGGAUGCUCCACCCGUGUGGCUUCUUGCAGCAGUCCAGCAGCCGCCACCCAUGAGAAAAAUGAGAACAACGUCCUGAGGUGUGCCAAGGAGGCGCGUGUACCGGUGGCUGGCGAGUGGAGUAGCAAGGAUCAAAGCGUGAGUGCCAGCGCCACGUUUGGGAGCCAACAAAUGAGUCUGGACACCCACGACAAGGAUUUGGGUAGGGGUUUCACUUCCACAUAUUCCCUUGGUUCUCCGGAAAACACCACCUCUGGAAAGUCUGGUACAAAGACUACUAUCCCUGAUGAUCAUGACUCAGUUUGUCAUAGUGAACCGCAGAGGGAAGUAGAUGAAAAGGACAAGAAGAAGGAAAGUGGGAAAUGUUCCGUUUCGAACAAAAGGAGCAGAGCUGCUGCAAUUCACAACCAGUCUGAACGAAAAAGAAGAGAUAAGAUUAACCAAAGGAUGAAGACGCUGCAGAAGCUGGUUCCUAAUUCCAGUAAGACUGAUAAAGCUUCAAUGCUAGAUGAAGUGAUCGAUUAUCUGAAGCAAUUGCAAGCACAAGUUCAAAUGAUGAGUAGAAUGAACAUACCGGCUGCCAUGAUGUUGCCAAUAUCAAUGCAACAGCAACUCCAGAUGUCAAUGAUGGCCCCAAUGAGCAUGGGGAUGGGAAUGGGAAUGGGAAUGGGAAUGGGUGUCAUGGACAUGAACACCCUUGGCCGCCCAAACAUGGCCGGAAUCUCUCCCGUUAUGCCCAAUCCAUUCAUGCCUAUGACGUCCAGGGAAAGCUCUGCCGGUGAACGCGGGUUACAAGCGCAACCUUCCCCAGUAUCAGUGAUGCCAGACCCUAUGUCCGCUUUCCUAGCUUGUCACUCACAGCCAAUGACCCUGGACGCUUACAGCAAAAUGGCGGCCAUGUAUCAGCAAAUGCAACAACCACCGGCUUCUAAUUCUAAAAGCUAAGCAUCUCAAAUUUUAUUGAAUUUGUAAUAUGGUCCCCCCAAAAGUCCCCUUAAGGAAGCUUUGAAUAGGAUCCUUUUCAUCAAUCAAUCAUGUGUGCCGUGUAAAAUUUUAUAUGUAUUUAGAAAGUCAAUCCAUUAAUUUUGAAAUCCUAUAUAUUUAUAUCUUUUUAAUUAAUUGUCAAUUAAAUA